AUGUCUUUUAGCAGAAGGAACUGGUCCGAUCUCUCCAGCCUGGCCAGGCAGAGGACCCUUGAGGAUGAAGAAGAACAGCAAAGAGAGCGCCGGCGAAGGCACCGGAGCCUGCUGUCCUCCACAUCGAUGGAUGAAGAGCCUCCUAGCCCUGUGAAAGACACCAGUCCAGCUUCCAGCAGACCUCAAUCUCUGGUGAAGCCGGUGUCUCUGGAGGAUGAGGAAGAGCGUAAGCUCUCGGAGGUGCUGAAGACGCAAGAAGGGAGACGGAUAAGGUCCCCAAUGGCCAUCUCUGAAAAGCUGAGGCAGGAUAAGGAGCAGCAGGAGCCAGGGGUGGGAGCGAGCCACGUGGAGGCAGGGACGCAGCCACGCAUGGGGCAGGAGAGCAUCCAGGCUGGAGAGCAGGGUCAGGAUGCAGCCAAGGGCGGAGGGGACCCACCAGGAGACCAGCACCCAGAGCCGGCCUCGGAGAGGAAGGCGGUGGUGAGGGGACGUCUCCAGGACAAAGAGGGACAAGGUGUGGGGAUGCCUCGGGGGGAGCAGAGGAAGGAGGUGGGGGAGCCACAGCAGCGGGCAUCGCCAGAGCUGGGGGGCUGCCGGCUCCGCGAAGUGAAGAUCCUGACCAGGCAGGGAAGCCGCAGCACGGAGGAGAAGACAGCCUCGGUGGUGACCUCAUCUCUGGACCAGCAGCAACCAUCCAGGAAUCCCUCAAAGGAGGUAAUGCAGGUGUCUCCCACCCAAGAUGAAGCUGUAGAAAAGUCAGAUACUUCUCCAACUCAUGUCACCUACAGCAGCUCCAUCAGACGAACCAGCCCAAGAACUGUCUCCUUUCGGAUGAUCUCAAGAAAACAGAAAGAAGAAAGCCAAAGCCCUCUCACAAGGAGUGCGAGUCUGAGGAUCCCGGGUAGCAGCACCACCAUUGGGGAGAAGCUGGAAAAGUACACCUCAGCUGUGCAGCGCUCAGAAGUGGUGAAAUCAUCCCUGACUAUUCAGAAGAGCCUCUUGUCCUCGGAGGGGGUGGCCAGCAAGCGCAACUUCUUUGAGGCAAGCGCUCCCAGCAAGGCUGAGCCACUCGCUAUCAGGAAGGACAACCUGAAGAUCCCGGGAUCAGUGACAUCCCGCAUUAAUCUGUGGAUCAGCCGAGCUCAGGAGCCUGCCAAGGAGGAAAAGAGCAAGGACAUCAGGAAAAUAAACAGCCUGCCAAACCGUGAUGUCUGGGUAAAGCAGCCUGGAGACACCCCUGGAGACACCAAGGUAGACAUGGAGCUGCUCUGA